AUGAAGCAGAGGUUACGAUCAAAAGUCUGGUGGCCUGGAAUCGACAGAGAAGCCGAGAAGUUUUGCAAAACGUGUCAUGGCUGUCAGCUUAUAAGCAGCCCAGCAAACCCAGAGCCAAUCAAGUCAAACCCAUUACCAAGUGGCCCAUGGCAAGAUUUGACCAUUGACCUGUUAGGCCCAUUACCUUCUGGAGAAUCUGUCUUAGGCAUCAUUGAUUACUUCAGCAGAUACUAUGAAGUGGAAGCCAUGCGCUCCACAACGUUAGAGAAAGUCAUAGAGUGUUUGGAGAAAAUCUUCACCACGCGUGGACUACCUCAAUUGCUUCGAAGCGACAAUGGUCCACAAUUCAGAUCUGAAAUAUUUGAGUGGUAUUUGGAGGAUAACGGUAUGGAACACGGGAAGACCACGCUAUUAUGGCCCCAAGCAAAUGGCGAAGCGGAAAGACAAAAUAAGUCCCUCCAUAAAAGGAUGAAAAUAGCUCAAGCUGAGGAAAAAGAAUGGAAGAAUGAGGUGCGCAAGUAUUUGGUAACAUAUAGGUCAACCCCUCACACUACCACAGGGGUGAGCCCAGCGGAACUCUUGUUUGGUAGAAAGAUGCGUACUAAAUUACCCGAACUGAAAGAGGAGAGCACAGAGAGUGAGAUGUAA